UCGCGCAUCCCCAGAGAGCGCAGCAUCAGCACCACAAGCCAGAGAAGACCGCGAGACGCCCCUCAUCUCUGCCAGCCGGUAUAGCCGCAGCUUUGCCAAUGGUAGUGCCAGCCCCAGCCUCUCCCCGUCAAGAGCGGACUGCGGGAAGCCUUUGAGGGCAUUUUGAGGAGUAAAAUCCUAGCAAGAGGAUAAAAAUUUGCAGCUCACCAGGAUGGCAGGAGCCUCAGUAAAGGUGGCAGUGCGGGUGCGUCCUUUCAAUUCCCGAGAAAUGAGCAAGGAAUCCAAAUGCAUUAUACAAAUGACAGGAAACACCACAACUAUCAUUAAUCCAAAGCAGCCCAAAGAGACACCCAAAAGUUUCAGCUUUGACUAUUCCUACUGGUCUCACACAACUCCUGAAGACAUCAACUAUGCUUCUCAAAAGCAAGUGUAUCUGGACAUUGGAGAGGAGAUGUUGCAGCAUGCUUUUGAAGGUUAUAAUGUCUGCAUCUUUGCCUAUGGCCAGACUGGGGCUGGCAAGUCAUAUACAAUGAUGGGUAAACAAGAGAAGGACCAACAAGGCAUAAUUCCACAGCUGUGUGAGGAUCUCUUCUCUCGAAUCAAUGACACAACAAAUGACAAUAUGUCCUACUCAGUGGAGGUAAGUUACAUGGAAAUAUACUGUGAACGUGUACGUGACCUCCUCAAUCCCAAGAAUAAAGGAAACCUGAGGGUCAGAGAGCAUCCACUGCUUGGACCCUAUGUUGAAGAUCUCUCAAAACUAGCUGUCACUUCAUAUAAUGACAUUCAGGAUUUAAUGGACUCUGGGAACAAAGCAAGGACAGUGGCAGCCACUAAUAUGAAUGAAACCAGCAGUCGCUCACAUGCUGUUUUCAACAUUAUCUUCACCCAGAAGAGACAUGAUGCAGAGACAGACAUCACCACUGAGAAGGUCAGCAAAAUCAGCUUGGUUGAUCUUGCAGGAAGUGAACGGGCUGACUCCACAGGAGCGAAAGGCACCAGACUUAAGGAAGGAGCAAACAUCAAUAAAUCAUUAACCACCUUGGGAAAGGUGAUCUCUGCUCUAGCUGAGAUGGAUUCAGGACCAAAUAAGAAUAAGAAGAAAAAAAAGACAGACUUUAUUCCAUAUCGAGACUCAGUACUUACUUGGCUCCUCCGAGAAAAUCUAGGUGGUAACUCCAGGACUGCUAUGGUUGCUGCUCUCAGCCCUGCUGAUAUCAACUAUGAUGAGACCCUCAGCACCUUAAGAUAUGCAGACCGUGCUAAGCAAAUCAGGUGCAACGCUGUCAUUAAUGAGGAUCCCAACAACAAGCUGAUCAGAGAACUUAAAGAUGAAGUGGCUCGCCUGAGAGACCUGCUGUAUGCCCAAGGCCUGGGAGAUAUCAUAGAUACUAAUCCUGUUCCAGGAGGACCUAAAUACAUGUCCGACUUUGAGAACAAUAAUGAUAAUCGUAGAGUGGCAGAUAUGAGUCAACGGCAUGACAAUCUCUCCACAGUGACCAAUGCCUUGGUAGGAAUGAGCCCAUCCUCCUCACUCUCAGCUUUGUCCAGCCGAGCUGCCUCAGUCACUAGUCUUCACGACCGCAUCAUGUUUGCUCCAGGUAGUGAAGAGGCCAUUGAGAGACUCAAGGAAACGGAGAAGAUAAUUGCUGAGCUGAAUGAAACAUGGGAAGAAAAACUGCGUAGAACAGAAGCAAUUCGUAUGGAGAGAGAAGCUUUGCUGGCAGAAAUGGGAGUGGCUAUGAGAGAAGAUGGUGGUACCUUGGGGGUGUUUUCUCCUAAAAAGACACCACAUCUGGUCAACCUAAAUGAGGAUCCACUGAUGUCUGAGUGCCUUCUCUAUUACAUCAAAGAUGGAAUUACCAGGGUUGGUCGAGAAGAUGGUGAGAGGAGGCAGGACAUUGUACUCAGUGGCCACUUCAUCAAAGAAGAGCACUGCAUAUUCAGAAGUGACACUAAAUCUGGCAGUGAAGCUGUUGUGACCCUGGAACCUUGUGAAGGUGCAGAUACCUAUGUCAAUGGAAAGAAAGUAACAGAACCCAGUAUCUUAAGAUCAGGAAAUCGCAUCAUCAUGGGGAAAAGCCAUGUAUUUCGAUUUAACCAUCCAGAGCAGGCACGGCAAGAGCGGGAACGAACUCCUUGUGCAGAGACUCCUGCUGAACCAGUGGACUGGGCUUUUGCCCAGAGAGAACUGCUAGAGAAACAAGGCAUUGAUAUGAAGCAGGAAAUGGAACAGAGGCUUCAGGAACUAGAAGAUCAAUACCGAAAGGAAAGAGAAGAGGCUAAUUACCUUCUGGAACAACAAAGACUUGAUUACGAGAGUAAAUUAGAGGCUUUACAGAAGCAAAUGGAUUCAAGAUACUACACUGAAGCUAAUGAGGAAGAGGAGGAACCUGAGGAUGAAGUUCAGUGGACAGAGCGGGAGUUUGAGCUGGCACUCUGGGCCUUUAGGAAGUGGAAAUGGUAUCAGUUUACAUCUCUUCGAGACCUAUUGUGGGGCAAUGCAAUUUUCUUGAAAGAGGCCAAUGCGAUCAGUGUGGAACUGAAGAAAAAGGUUCAGUUUCAGUUUGUACUCCUCACAGACACCCUAUACUCACCUCUGCCUCCAGACCUGCUUCCUCCAGAUGCUGCCAGAGACCGUGAGAAACGUCCUUUCCCAAGGACCAUUGUGGCAGUAGAGGUGCAGGACCAGAAGAAUGGAGCAACCCAUUACUGGACUCUGGAGAAACUCAGGCAGAGGUUGGACCUGAUGCGGGAGAUGUAUGAUCGGGCAGCUGAAGUGCCCUCCAGUGUUAUUGAAGACUGUGAUAACGUGGUGACAGGCGGAGACCCCUUUUAUGAUCGCUUUCCAUGGUUCAGGCUGGUUGGCAGUUCAGAUAUCUCUGGCUGCAACAGCUCUCCUAUUUUCAACACAUGCAUGAGCGAGCGCAUGGCUGAUCUCACCCCCUCCCCCACCUUCUCGAACCCUGACUCCGACAUCACCGAGCCUGCUGACGAGCAGCACGUGGGGAAGGAGGAGGAGGAGGAGGAGGACCUGGAGGAAGACAUCUUUCCGGAGUACCCGCUGUAUGAUGGCCAGGAUCCAUUUUACGACCGCUCCCCCCUGUUCAGUUUAGUAGGAAGAGCAUUUGUGUAUCUCAGCAACUUGCUAUAUCCUGUACCUCUGGUCCAUCGCGUUGCCAUUGUCAGCGAGAAGGGGGAAGUUAAAGGAUUCCUUCGUGUAGCAGUUCAGGCCAUUUCAGCUGAUGAAGAAGCACCGGAUUAUGGCUCAGGAGUACGGCAGUCAGGAACAGCCAAAAUUUCCUUUGAUGAUCAGCACUUUGAGAAGUUCCAGUCUGAGUCCUGUCCUACAGUGGGAAUGUCUCGCUCUGGAACUUCACAGGAGGAGUUGCGCAUAGUAGAAGGACAGGGACAAAUUACUGAUAUAGGGCCAUCAGCAGAUGAAGUCAACAACAACACUUGUGCAGCAACUCCAGAAGAUCUUCUCCUGGAUAGUUCAGAGAAAUCCACAGUCGAUGGACCUUUUGAGACAGCUCUGGAGCAUUUGAAAUUGGGCAGCAUUUUCACGUUCAGAGUGACUGUUUUGCAGGCCUCCAGCAUCUCAGCAGAAUAUGCGGACAUCUUCUGCCAGUUUAACUUUAUCCACCGCCAUGAUGAAGCCUUCUCUACAGAGCCCUUGAAGAACACUGGACGAGGCCCACCUCUUGGCUUUUAUCAUGUUCAAAACAUUGCAGUUGAGGUCACCAAAUCCUUUAUUGAAUACAUUAAGAGCCAGCCAAUUGUCUUUGAGGUGUUUGGCCACUAUCAGCAGUAUCCUUUCCCCCCUCUUUGCAAAGAUGUACUCAGUCCCCUGAGACCAUCCCGCCGCCAUUUUCCUCGGGUCAUGCCAUUAUCAAAACCAGUGCCUGCAACAAAACUGAGUGCCAUGUCAAGGCCCAGCAUUGGCCCAUGUCAAUGCAAGUAUGAUCUGAUGGUCUUCUUUGAGAUCUGUGAGCUGGAAGCCAAUGGCGACUAUAUCCCAGCCGUUGUGGAUCAUCGUGGAGGAAUGCCUUGCCAUGGGACAUUCCUAUUACAUCAGGGUAUCCAGAGGAGGAUUACAGUCACCUUGGUGCAUGAGACAGGGAGCCAGAUCCGCUGGAAGGAAGUGAGAGAGCUGGUUGUGGGUCGGAUCCGGAACACUCCAGAAGGAGAUGAGUCCCUCAUUGACCCCAACAUCCUCUCUUUGAACAUCCUCUCAUCAGGAUACAUCCGGCCCUCUCAGGAUGAUCGAACAUUUUACCAGUUUGAAGCAGCGUGGGAUAGCUCCAUGCAUAACUCUUUGCUCCUGAAUCGUGUCACCCCUUACAGAGAAAAAAUCUACAUGACUCUCUCUGCUUAUAUUGAGAUGGAGAACUGCACGCAACCAGCUGUGGUCACCAAAGAUUUUUGCAUGGUCUUUUACUCCAGAGAUGCCAAACUCCCUGCUUCUCGAUCAAUCCGCAAUCUUUUUGGAAGUGGAAGCCUUCGAGCCUCAGAAAGUAACCGUGUGACUGGAGUCUAUGAGCUCAGCCUUUGCCGAGUUGCUGAUGCUGGUAGUCCAGGUAUGCAAAGGAGACGAAGGCGUGUGCUGGACACCUCUGUGGCCUAUGUACGAGGAGAAGAGAAUUUGGCUGGGUGGCGACCCCGUAGUGACAGUCUCAUCUUGGAUCAUCAGUGGGAACUGGAAAAACUAAGUCUUCUACAGGAAGUUGAGAAAACGAGACAUUAUCUGCUCCUGCGUGAGAAGCUAGAGACAACUCAGCGCUUAGGUCUAGAUUCCCUGUCCUCAAGCUCCAGUGAAGAUUCAGAUUCCCGCAGCACAUCUUGUGUCUCAUCUCCGGUCUCUGCAGAUGGUACCCCAGAAGGGAGGCCUUUACCUCUGGAUAUUCCUAGUGAGAGGCAGAAAGAACUUGCAGUCAAGUGCUUGCGCCUUCUUACACACACUUUCAACAGAGAGUAUAGCCAUAGCCAUGUGUGUGUCAGUGCAAGUGAGAGCAAGCUGUCUGAAAUGUCAGUGACUCUGCUGAGAGACCCUUCCAUGUCAGCCCUUGGUAGUGCUACUUUGACCCCCUCCUCAACCUGUCCAUCCCUGAUUGAAGGCCAUUACAAUACUACAGAAGCCAGAACUCUCCAGCUCCCUUCCAGAGUAGAAAGUCCUGAAAUUGAGCUCACAAUUGAAGGAGAGAAGAAGAAAUCCCCUGCUUGUGGGCCCGAGGAUGAUAAGGAGAUCCAGCGCCUGUUGGUUCCUGAUAUUCAAGAGAUUCGGGUCAGCCCCAUUGUCUCCAGAAAAGGCUACCUACACUUUCUGGAACCCCAUACAAAUGGAUGGGUGAAGCGCUAUGUGGUUGUGAGACGCCCCUAUGUCUACAUCUACAACAGCGACAAAGAUUCUGUGGAGAGAGCAGUCCUCAAUCUCUCAUCAGCUCAGGUGGAAUACAGUGAAGACCAGCAGGCAAUGCUAAAAACCCCUAACACUUUUGCAGUGUGCACUGAACAUCGUGGAAUUCUGCUGCAAGCAAGCAAUGAUAAGGACAUGCAUGACUGGCUGUAUGCGUUCAACCCUCUCCUGGCUGGAUCGAUAAGAUCCAAACUGUCUAGACGAAGAACAGCCCAGACAAGAAUUUAACUUAAAAGAGCUGCCCAC